AAUGAUAAUACUUUCUAUGUUCGGGUCAUAAAAUAUAAUUUAACCUCACAUUUUACUUUAUCCAUUAAAAAAAAUUAAUAUUAAUCGAUAAAAUUAAUGAGUCUUCCUUAGGAGAAUUUUUGCAAAAGAUUCGUUUCAGCCAUGGAGGUUCUAUCUCGUCCAGCAGAGGAAUUCGAUAAUGAUAAACAACUUGAAUAUUUAUGGGCAGAAAAAGCUUACGAACAUAAUGAAAUUUACUUUAAUCUCCUAUGCUCAGUUGAUACGAAGCAACUUCGAAUCACGCCUAUAGAUGACUUGAUAUACACAGAGUUCCGAAAAGAAUUCCCAAAGUUGGACGUUAAAGUAAUAGAUGAAAAUCAUUUGAAGAGUACUGAAGAGAAAGCAAAAUGGAGGCCCUUUUGUGAAAGAUUUAAAGAGGUACUAGAGGAUUAUAGUUUUGGGACACUGCUUCGAGCUAAUGCUGAAGAAGAUAAUAGACCAGAUAAUACGAUUUUAGUUACAAAAAUUCAAUUUUGCUGUAUCGAGAUUGCCAGAAAUAGAGAAGGCAUAAAUUCCAUAUUGAGGAAAAAAUUCAGUAAGUCUAAAGAAGCCACUAUUGAAUGAGAUCUGCUGUAAAUAUGUAAUAAUAAUGUUAAGACCAUUUGUUCCUCAUUAAAAACACUUCUUUUUUUAA